AUGUUCGGAAAUAGGGACAUCACUAUCGCCGCCUUUACCCCUAUCGUCGUUGCCGUCCAGAUGGUCGGACUUGCCUGCUGUGACCGCGAAUACUCGGACGCCCUGGACAUUUUGAGCCGAGACUCCUCCCUAUCUGACCAGAUGGAGGUUUGGUUCUAG